AUGAAGUUCCUCAAGGUCGGCCGAGUCGCCAUCAUCACCCGCGGCCGCUAUGCCGGCAAGAAGGUCGUCAUCGUCCAGCCCGUCGACAAUGGCAACAAGCCUCACCCCUUCGGCCACGCCGUCGUUGCCGGCAUCGAGCGCUACCCUUCCAAGAUCACCCGCCGCAUGUCCAAGGCCCGCCAGGACAAGCGAUCCAAGGUCAAGCCUUUCAUCAAGGUCAUCAAUUACAACCACCUGAUGCCCACCCGAUACACCCUGGAGCUCGAGGGCCUCAAGGGCACCAUCACUGGCGACACCUUCAAGGAGGUCAGCCAGCGGGAAGAUGCGAAGAAGACGGUCAAGAAGGUGUUGGAAGAGCGCUACACGAGCGGCAAGAACCGCUGGUUCUUUACCCCCUUGAGUAUGUCCCCUCCCCCCACACCCCCUGAUGCGCCGUCCGCGCCUCGCAACACCGCCCAUGGUGGCGAGCAGGUCGUAUUUCGAGGCUAA